UUCUGCUUUUACCAGCAGCUCUCAGUCACACUUGGGUCAGUGUUGGUCAAAGAGUGAACUCAGGAACAUGGCUUCAUCCUCUGUCAGCUUCUGGCUCCUCUUUAUUACCAUCAGCACAGCAGGUGGAUUUGUGUAUUACACUAUGGAUUACUGUGUGUUUAACUCUACUGAGCUGAUGGGCAUCGAGUAUAUCCGUUCUGUUUAUUACAACAAGUUGGAGCUCACGAGGUUCAGCAGCAGUUUGAGGAGAUUUGUUGGAUACAGUAAUUACGGAGUGAGGAUUGCGGAACAGUUUAACAUUAAUCUUGUAACGCUGAAUCACAUGAGAUCCAUGAAGGAGAGAUACUGCCAGCACAACGUUCAUCUCUAUUACAAUAAUAUUCUGUCAAAAGCAGUUAAACCUAACGUAGUUCUGUACUCCGUGGCGCCCCCCUUUGGUCACCAUGCAGCCAUGUUGGUCUGCAGCGUUUAUAACUUCUACCCCAAAGUGAUCAGUGUUAACUGGUUGAGAGAUGGAAAGAGGGUUACCUCAAACAUCACCUCCACCGACGUGAUGGAGGAGGGUGAUUGGUUCUACCAGGUCCACUCACACCUGGAGUACACUCCCAGGUCUGGAGAGAAAAUCUCGUGUGUGGUGGAACACCCCAGCCUGAAAGAACCUCUGAGAACCGACUGGGACCCGUCCAUGCCUGGGUCAGAGAGCAACAAGAUCGCCAUCGGAGCCUCAGGACUGGUUCUGGGUCUGGUUUUAUUUCUGGCUGAAUUCAUCAACUACAAGAGAAAGCCCAAGGAUGUACUCUGGUCUGAGCCUCCAACUAAGGCAGGAUCCUGGACCAGUACUGGACUCUGAUGGUCAGCUAGUUUGGACCUGGUUCUGCUGGUUGCUGCAGCUGGGCCAGUCCUGGAUCAGGUGUCAUAUGGACUCUGGUGUAUGAGCUGGACCUGGUUGUGCUGCCUCUUUGUGUGAAAUGGAUCAUUUCCAGCCUCUUGAAUCUGCAGAGUCACUGCUUUGAAAUCACAUGUAAUCGAGUGUUUGAGAGAUUCUGCUGCAGCUCGUCUGAUUCACAUCUUUACAUUUUUCCUGAACGUUUCAAUGAUAAUAGUCUCUGGGAACUUUAACCUCUCUGCCUUCCAUUCUGCCCACAUUCACCCAGUAUGUUACACCAGAGACAACAGAACACCAAGGAGGCCUCCAGCUAAUCAUCUCUUCCUCUCCUGGGAAGAUCCAGUCAGCAGCUGUGACCCAAACUGUGCAGUGAUGUUCUGAUGAGGCUCGGCUCACGGACUACAUCAACUUCUGUGUGGAAAAUGUUAUACCCACCAGAACUGUACCAUGUUUCUCCAAAGACAAACCCUGGAUUACCCCCGAUAUAAAGGCCCUUCUUAAGGAGAAGAGGGGGGCCUUUAAGUCAGGAAACAAAGGGCAGCUGAAGGUUGCACAGAGGGAGCUGAAGAGGAGGAAAAAAAGAGGGGAAGAAAAGUUAGAGGAGGAGGAUGGAGGAGCAGCUGCAGCAGAACAUCAUCAGCUGAGUUUGGAGAGGCCUGAAGACCAUCUCUGGCUACAAAGAACCCCUUGGAGAGACAAAUAAAGAUCAGGGAGUUUAAUUUUUCUUCGACAGAUUUGAUCAGGCAUCUGCGCCUCCCACUGCUGCAUGGUGGAGCAGUGGUUAGCACCGUUGCCUCGCAGCUGCAACAUGCCUGAUCCACAUCCCAGCCUGCAAUCAUUCUGUGUGGAGUUUACGUGUUCUCCCAGUGUAGCGUGGGUUCUCUCCGGGUUCCUCAGCUUCCUCCCACAAGGU